UCGUCUGGAAUAUCAACUGUAAAAAUGACUUUUCGUACCCGAUUAAUUUUGCUGAUAGCUACCGUAUCCACCGUUGCAGUGGCGGGUCUCAUUCUCAGCCAUGUGAUGACAAACACCGGCGAGCGUUUGGGAUUUGGCUGGUUUCUGUACACCAGCAGUCCCUACCUGUGGGCUGGCCUGGGCAUUGGACUGUCGGUGUCGUUAUCUGUGGUGGGAGCCGCCGUUGGAAUCUAUACUACGGGGACCAGCAUCGUCGGGGGCGGGGUCCGCUCGCCCCGCAUCAAGACCAAGAACCUCAUCUCGAUUAUAUUCUGCGAGGCAGUGGCCAUCUACGGGCUGAUCAUGGCCAUAGUUUUGUCCGGGAGUAUAAACAACUAUCGCCUGGCAAAGAUGCUGAGCGACAAGGGCCAAAUGGCCAGAAAUAUGUUCACGGGAUUCGCUGUUUUUGGGGCCGGGCUGGCUGUCGGACUGGUCAACAUCUCUUGCGGCGUGGCUGUUGGCAUUGUGGGUUCUGGAGCAGCCCUAGCCGACUCGGCCAAUGCGUCGCUCUUCGUCAAGGUUCUAAUUGUGGAGAUAUUUGGCUCGGCCAUCGGUCUCUUUGGACUGAUUGUGGGCAUAUACUUGACAUCCAAGGCGGAUAUGAUUUAAACCCGAUUACAAAUCAAAAACUACUAUUUAUUAAGGCCUAUUAAAGUAA